AGGAAUCUGAAUUAAAAUAAAUUAGAACAUUUAUUUGAGUAUUUGACCAUUAAGAAGUUAGUUCAUUUUCAUUAUGAAAUAAAAUGAAUGAUGUAUUGUCGUGAACCAUCUCAUAAACCAACAUUAUAAAGGCAAACCAACUCAACACUAAGCUGUAACAUAAAGAAACAUGUCUCUUGGACUGGUAGCAUACGACGACAGUGAGGAAAGUGAAAAUGAGUCAGAUACUGAGCCAACCCAAACAAUUGCUGUCCCCGAUCCUCAGAAAAAAACAGAACUCACAAAGAAACCAACGUCAGUUAUCGAGUCUGGGCACAUCAGUGAUGAAGAAUUAGAAUCGACAACUGGUGUCAAUGGCACUGCACAUUUUAGCGAUGAAGAAGUUGAGUCAAAGAGUUUUAACAAACCUGCAAACUUACAUUUACCAGAAUCAAAGUUAAGUUUGAUAAACACUGACAUUGACAUAAAGUGUUUAACAAGUAUUUCAAGAAAAGGAGGCCCUGUCAAAAUCACCAUUCCCUCUCUGAAUGAGGUGAAUGACGAAGAUGAGCCACCUUCGAAGAAGAAGCUGAAGCCCUCUCAAAAAGGUUCAGGACUAUUUGCACUCCUGCCGAGCCCGAAGAGCUCUCUAGUGCCUCAGUCAGUCAGCAGGAAACCAACUCCAGCUGUUAAGAAGUCAUUACCAGUGGCUUCAGCGAAGAAGUCUAAAAUUCCUGUUACAAAAGCAUCUACUCUGAUCAGCUACGAAGAUUCGGGCGAUGAAGAAGAAGUCUCUGGAACAGUUGACUUUUUCUCGCUGGAGAGCAAAGACAAAGACGUCACUCCUGUGGAUGUGAACAUUGAUAUUCCAGAGGUCUCAACUUCCAGUGGUGAGGUUGAAGCAAACGCUUCUUCCAGUACGAGAUCGUCUUCUGACUGGCAACACCUGCAGGCUGCAAAUGCUAGUACUUCGAGUUCUUACCUUGUUCAACCUGAGAAUCCCCAGCAAUCAGACUUCGGGUAUUCUACUUCUGAGUUUAUGACCGUCAGCAAUAGCGACUUGGAGCUGGAUCAACAAGCGAUGCAGCAACUGUGCGGCCGACGAGACAGGAUCAAGAUGCAGGAGGUUAACCUGAUUGAUGUGAGUGGGGACAAGAUCAUGCCCGACAGCAGGGAGUGGCUAACCAAACAGCUGACAGAGGAGGUGGUGCAUCGGCCCAGCCACAAGCGGAAGGACGGACCGACGUCCCAGCAGAAACGCAAACACCAGAUCACUUACCUUGCCUACCAGGCCAAAGAAAACGAGUUGGAAUUGAAAAACCAAUGGGCAAACAACAGAAUGUCUAGAAAACAGACUCAAGCAAAGUAUGGAUUUUAAGAGUGGAUAAAUGCCUAGUUUUAGAACUUAACCAUAAUUUAUACUGUACAAUAUAUUCAUUAUUGACUUAUCACAUAUUUUCGAACAAUGUAAUGUAAAUGUAUAUAAGCGUGGACAAGAAAUCUUGUAAAACUUGUAAUAAAUCUUUUUUUUUU